AUGUCUCUCCUAUCUGAAGCUCCCAUGAAUUAUACGCACACGAUCGGUACAAUGCAGAACGUGAUUGAGACGUACAAGACUCUUGGCAACGGGCCCAUCCCUACUGUCGUUCCUGAGCCGACUCACUACCUGAUCAUCGGCCACAAUGGCGUCCGCGCUCUAUGGGUUCUCUUCGUCGCCAUGACCAUCGUAUCGGCCAUCUUCGCCAUUCUGUCGUGGAACGUCGCCGUCCAGCGUCGCAUCUUCUACUUUCUCACGACUCUGACCACCAUCAUCUCGGCCCUCGCCUACUUUGCCAUGGCAUCCGGCCAGGCAUCUACCUACAACUGUGUCAGCGUCCGAGACCACCACAAGCACGUCCCCGACACCCACCACGACGUCUGCCGUCAAGUUUUCUGGGCUCGCUACGUCGACUGGGCCAUCACCACACCUAUCCUGGUUCUCGAGCUCAGCUUGCUGGCUGGCAUUGACGGUGCUCACACCAUCUUUGGCAUUGUCGCCAACGUCAUUUUCGUCCUUGCUGGUCUCUUCUCCGCCAUAGGCCAUGCCAACACGGCUCAGAAGUGGGGUUGGUACGCCAUCAGCAUCAUCGCCUACAUCUUCACCAUCUGGCACGUCGCUGUUCCCGGCUCCCGAACCUCUCGAGCUCGCGGCACAAAGGUUGCCCGCCUCUUUGGCUCCCUGUCCGUGGCUGCUCUCAUCCUGUGGAUCGUCUACAUUGCCGUCUGGGGUGCUGCCGGUGGUGCCUGGAAGGUUAAGGUCGGCACUGAGGUCAUCAUCUACGCCGUCCUUGAUGUCCUUACCAAGGCUGUUCUUGGUUUCUGGUUGAUCACUGCUACCCGCAAGAACCGCGAAACUACUCCCGAGGUCGGCGGCUACUGGGCCAACGGCGCCGGUGCCGAGGGAACCAUCCGUGUCGGCGACGACGACGAGGGCGCUUAA